GCCGCAAGCAUCUCCCAUUCUACAGACUCCCAUGAUGGGAAUCCCAACAAAGCCACUUCUUCCAACUGAAUCCUGGAAGACUGGAUUGUUUGCAUGGAAGACCCCACAAAUGCUCUCAUCACAGCGUGCUUCCCCUGCCUGACAUUCGGACAGGUUGCAGAGAUUGUAGACUCUGGACAAACUACUUGUACCACUAGCGGCUUGAUCUAUGGGGCAAUUACCUUCGUCGCAAUGCCUUGCAUAAUGUCAUGCACCUAUCGUACAAAGUUGAGGAGCCAGUAUGGGCUAAAUGAAUCACCGGCACCCGAUUGGGUGAUCCACUGCUUUUGUGAAUGCUGUGCUCUCUGUCAAGAAUAUCGAGAGCUUCACCUCAGGGGCCUUGACCCUUCAGUUGGAUGGCAAGGAAAUCAGGCUUGGAAACAGAACAUGAAGCUGCAACAAGCUACUAUGGUCCCUCCAGUUCACCAAACCAUGAUGGGCUGAUUAAUUUGCCAGAAACUAAGUAUUUA